ACUCAUACUCAACACAACACAACAAACACCAUGUCGGACAGCGAGCGACCGCGCCGUGAGCGAGACAGUCGUCGUGGGCCACGAGACUCUCGCGACGGCGAUGCACCCAACGAGCGGCGCAACCGAUCGCGCAGUCCACGACGAGAGCGCGGCGGCCGGCGCGACAACCGCUACCGCUCACGAUCACCAUUCCGGCGAGAGGAGCGCGAUAGCCGAGAAAGUGGCAGAGGAGACAGAGGAGGCAGAGGCGACCGCGGACGAGGUCGAGAUGACAGAGGAGGCCGCAACGACAAACGAUCAGACCGGGCGCCACCCACAGGUCCUCGCAGCAGUGCCGCACCGCCUGCCAGAACCAACGACCCCCGUCCCAGUAAUGGUGGCCCCGUUAAGCCUCCCCCUACUGGCCCGCGAAUAAACCCUGCUGUCAUCGACGAAGAGGAAACUCCUGACGUGGAAAUGCAAGAGGAGAAGCAGAAGCCCAAUGAUAUGGACGAGGAUACGUGGGAAAUGUACAAAGCUAUGGGUUUUGGGGGUUUCAAGAGCACGAAGAAUACGAAGGUGCCAGGGAACGAUAAGAACUUUGGGAUACGGAGGGACAAGCAGAUGGAGGCGAGACAGUACAUGAACAGGCAGGGUGGAUUCAACAGACCGUUGUCGCCUGGGAGGGGUUGAAGAGAUGUGCAGGAAAAUCAAUACUACACUACUUAGAUUGGACGGCGGCGAGCAGUGCCGGAGUUUUAGGAUAUUGAAGUCGAGGUUAUGGCUGCGGCAGGCUUGAUAUGAUUCAAUGCGUCAGGCUGGCCAAAGGCAUGCUACGGGCAACUCGGUUAUUACGGCCUUCGCAAACCUUCGAGGCGCGCACAUUCACAUUUAGAAUCGGCUGGUUACGGUAUGGCUUCCCC